CUGAGCAACGUCGUCGUUUCUGAUUCUCCUUUUAUAUUUACCCCUCAUACAAAUCCUUUCUGUUUGGGGGGUUUUGUUAUUAAUUAUUCUCUUCCAUCUGCCGCCGCAACGGUGCACCCUAGUAGCCUCCAACAAUGGCUUCAGAGAAGAAACUGUCGAAUCCUAUGAGGGAGAUAAAGGUACAGAAGCUCGUCCUCAAUAUUUCUGUUGGCGAGAGUGGAGAUCGCCUCACCAGAGCUGCAAAGGUGUUGGAACAACUGAGUGGCCAAACCCCAGUGUUCUCCAAAGCAAGGUACACUGUUCGUUCUUUUGGGAUUAGAAGAAACGAGAAGAUUGCUUGUUAUGUCACUGUUAGAGGUGACAAGGCAAUGCAACUUUUGGAAAGUGGUUUGAAGGUGAAGGAGUAUGAACUUCUCCGAAAGAACUUCAGCGAUACUGGCUGCUUUGGCUUUGGCAUUCAAGAGCAUAUUGAUUUGGGAAUCAAGUAUGAUCCUUCAACCGGUAUUUAUGGAAUGGAUUUCUUUGUUGUUUUGGAGCGUCCUGGCUACCGUGUUGGCCGUCGCCGAAGGUGCAAGUCCCGUGUUGGAAUUCAGCACCGAGUCACAAAGGAGGAUGCUAUGAAGUGGUUCCAGGUGAAAUAUGAGGGAGUGAUCCUUAACAAGUCUCAGGCAAUUGUUUAGUUUGAGUUCACUUUAGGAGUGUGUUAUCAGUUUUGUCAACUAUAGUUCCAUCUUUCUAUGAUAGGAUCUUAAUUUUGAGCCAGGUUUGGAAUCCAUGUUUUUCAUUUAAGAUUUUGCGAUGAAGCACAUGUAUUAGCAUUGUUAGAUGACACUUUAAUUGCGAAGUUGUGAACCCCUCGUUAUGCAAUUAUGCUUUGUAACAAUUUAGUUUCUGUAUUUUGUAUGCAAAUGAAGCGAUGUCUUUCUGCAGCA